AUUUUAUAUAUGCAAAAUGUAGUUUUACAUGAUCUCAUGUGAAGCCACCACGUUUCAUUUACCCUCCGUGUAACCUCACCGACUUUGCCCAGUUUAAGAUAUGGCAUCUGAGUGCUGUCUCAGUCUCACCAAAUACUUCCUCUUUCUCUUCAACUUGAUAUUCUUUCUCUUAGGAUCUCUCCUCCUAUCUAUGGGACUAUGGAUACUACUUUCAGAGGAUAAAAUGUUCAAGAUUUUUGAAGUGCCUCCUCCUCCCUACAUUUCCAUCCAUCUCUUGUCUUACUUGUUGAUCAUCAGUGGCUCUGUGACCAUGUCAUUAGGCUUCUUAGGAUGUCUAGGUUCUCUGAAGACUGUCAAAUGCCUGCUGGCAACUUAUUUUAUCCUGCUCACGAUUCUUCUCGCGGCUCAGAUAGUGGGUGCGGUUCUUUUCUACACCCAGAAGACUGAGCUGGCUGUUUCACUAGAGGUUCAAACUGUUAAACUAAUAAGCACAUUUGGACAAAAUAAUUCCAAUUUCAAGAGUUUUGAAACGACUCUACUGGAUAUUCAGAAGAAGGCCAAAUGCUGUGGUUGGAAUGGAAUAGAAGACUGGGGUAAAUCUAUACCCUGUUCUUGCUACGUCAAUGCUACUGUCAAUGCGACAUAUGAAAUAAAACAUCCAAAAUGUUUCACGUGUUCCUCAAAUAGUUCCUGUUCAGAUGGGAUUUAUUAUCAGGGUUGCGGUGAGAAAAUAAAGACAUGGCUGGAUGAAAAUCUUCUCUUAAUUUUGGUGUUUAUUUUGGCCAUUUGUGUGGUGGAGAUAUGUGGUAUGAUCCUUUCGAUGUGUCUGUAUAAAGAGGGUUCUGUGGAGUACAACACAAUUUUCUACUAAGAUGACCAGGAUCAGUGAGUGAGGGGGGAAAAGUCAAGCAUUUGCUUUCUGUCAUUCAUUUGUAUGAUGUUUUUGAUGUAUGAUGUUUUCCUUGUUAUUCCGAUGCUAUGUGUUUUUAUCUGUUUAGGGAAAAGUACAAAUAAUUUGAACCUGUUGAAAUAAUAUUUAAAGGAUAUAAGCUUUUAUUUCUUAAUUCUCAGAACAUGUUGCAUGUGACCAAGAAUGUUCUCAUUUGUUCAGUUUAGCCAGUGGGUGAGAAAAACGUUAGGGUGAGGCAGUAUAAUAUUUCACCAUUGUUGUGCACACAAAGCAGAUAACAUCAAUACUGAGGCAAUGAGUGUGAUACUGUUCACAUAACAUGUAUUCUACAUGUAAAAUAUUAGAACUCAAAUUUUCCUUCAAUAUAUAUAUGUAUACAUAUAUAUAUAUAUAUAUAUAUAUAUAUAUAUAUAUAUAUAUAUAUAUAUAUAUAUAUAUAUAUUUUUUUUUUUGUAAGGUGACAAGUAGUAUAGCAUGUGGCUUUUAAAAAUUUUUUAUCUUUUGAAUUGAAUCUUUAAAGUGAAUUGUGUAACACACUUUGUAAAACAGGGUAAUUGUAAUAAAAUAAUAAUAAAAAAUAUGUUAUAAAGUUGAUUUUGUUUUGGUCAUAAUGAAUGCAUUUAUGUGUCUAUUAAACUGAGGAUCUAAAUGGUACAUGGGACAUGUAAUACCCCAUUGCAAGUUAUUGUUAGGGCAGGGAGGAGGACAGCACACUUGUUAUCAGGUAUCGUAUAUAUAUACAUGCUGUGAUCAUCUCCCUCAUUAAUUCCAGAGCAACACUACAGACUAAGAAGGUAAGAAGGAUAUUGUCAGACUAUUUUUACUGUUCUUAUACAUAAAUAUAUACAUACACACACUCAUUAACAUGAAUUAUUUAUUUAUUACUGUCAGUUUGAUAAAGACACAAAGAUGGGAUCCCGCACAUUGGUUCUGAUCAUGUUUUUAAGUGCCCUCUGUGUUGCCCAGGCACUGAGGUGCAACUACUGCGUGAAGAUUGACAGAGCCAACCCCAGCUGUAAUGAGAUAGAGGAGAAAGAUUGCAGCAGUGGUUUUGACAAGUGCAUUAAAAUUAAAAUGCAUCAUCCAGCCUACGGUGAGGUACGCAGAUGUGGCAAAACUGUUGAGUGUGAUGCUCAGGUACCUCCUCAGGUGGAGAAAGUGUGCUGCAACACAGAUCUCUGCAACUGAUCUGCUCCAUCAGCCAAAUAUAUUUUACAAUGUUCAGUUUUUAUCUCAUGCUGCAUAAAAUUUAUUUAUCACUGAUUUAAAAUCACUGACUUUAAUUUAAUAUAUGUAAAUGUUAGAAGAGAAUAAUAUAAAGAAAUAAAAUCUGGCCAGCGAAGCAAAAAAAAAAAUCGAGUCUUUGUGUUUUCUAAAACAUUUUAUCUUCUUGUACAUAGUCAGAGGUAGAGCACAGUCAGCAUUAACACACACAAAAAAUGACUUCUCACCCAGACAAAACACAAAAAAUGCAGACGCAGAAACACCACACAAAGCCAAAAAGCAUCUCCUUAACUACUUUUUUUUUCUUAGAUUAUUGCAAAGUUACAUUUAAACUGAAUUACAAUACAGUCAAUACAGUUGACAAUAUUCAUCAGUAAGCCUUAAAAAAGAAUU